UAAAUAAUAUAAUAAUUUUAACAAGUUUAAAUAACAAUAAUUUUAAACUAAAUUUUCAUUUGAAAUUUACAUAUUUAGACUUUUAUUAUAUUAGAAACUUUAAUACUUCACUAUACUUCAUUAAAUAUGAGUCAAAGACCAUCUUCAAGAAAUUUAUGCAUACGAGAACAACCAAUGACUAGAAAAAAAAGUUCGGAAUCUAAUAGAUGUGAACGCAAACAAACAACUAAUUGUAUGGCUAUAGAACCUAUCCAAGAAGAAUGUGCUGAUAAUAUUGAGCCACAAAUAAACGAAGAUGAAAAGUGCCCAUACACGGAUCAAGAACCAAGAUAUGAUCCCAAAGAACUUCGUGAUGCUGUUCGAAUACUUAAUCCAUUUGUUAGACUAAUUAAAGACACUAAUAAUCCAUAUGCUAGAAUAGUAGCUCGAGAAGUAUGCAAAACUUUUUAUCAUUUGUUUCAUCCAAAUAAACAUCCUAUUGACGUUAUGAAAACAAUUAAUUGGAGAGCUAAGACUGUACGAACCCAACAGUUGUGGAAUGAGUUUUGGCUUUACGUCCCCGGGUCGAAAAUUGAAGAAUGGGUAUCAUUACGUGAAUGUAUUAAGAAUAAUAAUCUCAUAGAUUUGAGUAGUUAUUGUAGUCCGUGUCAAACAACUGAAAAUUGCAACUCACAAGUUGAUGAACAACAAUGUCCCAUAAAUAAUGAAAACCGUGUUGAACAGUAUUCAAAACCUCGUAGACAAAAUCGAUGCACUCGAAAAUCUCAGAGAAAUCCUAUAGAACACGUAAAUUUUGGAGAUAUCUGUGGUUCUGAUACUCAUCAAAGUUUAUUUGACAUUAGUCCUCCAGAUAUGAAUUUCGAACACCAAUUUGCUGGUUCUGAUAAUUUGCCAUACACACAUAAUUUUAAAUCAAAAGCUUCAAGAAAAAUUUCUCCAAGUACAGUAGACCAAAAUAAAUAUACAUCUAAAUUGAAUUCAAAACAAUGUUAUGAGAAAAUAUCUGGAACUCAAUGUCAGUUGAAACAACUCGAUGAGUCCACAAGCAAAAAUUGUGAUAUUGGUUUUGAAGAUACUAUGAGAAAAAUAAAACAUUUUACCUCGGAAUGCAAACGUCAACCUGCAGGAAAUGACUUUUAUUUCCCACAUUCUGAACCUGGCUGCAGUGCUGGUCCUACGACUUCUGCGUGUGAGCCUAAUUCUGGGAUUGAUACAACACAGCAUGAGUAUUACAGAAUCACUGCAAACACGCCAUCGCCACCACGAAAUCAACUUCAGCGUAUGCCAAAAAUGCCAGUUGAACCAGAACUUAGAACAAAUGCUCUACAAUGUUCUCUAAUAGACAAUGACGACGAAGAAUGUAGUGAUUCAGAUUCUAUUGAGAGUGUAAAAAAUGUACAGCAGAUAGUAUGUAAAUCAAGUUUAGUGGCCAAUGCAUUUACUAAUUUAUCAUUAGCAAAAAAAGACCUUCAAACGAAAACAGAAGCUUUUAAUAUGUUAACACAACAUUAUUUAAAUUUUGCAUCGAACCCAAUAGAAGUAGAACCUCCGUGUCCGGAUAGUCCAAGUGCCAAGAUGAUCUUGCAAGCUAUUUAUAAAAAUCCACCGAAAAUUAUCAAACCAUUCAAUGAUUGUGAAUGGAACGAUAAUGCUUUUCAUGAUAAGGAUUUUAUUCGUUUACUCCCGUUUUAUGAAAGCGUACAUAAUCAAUUAGAAUAUAUUUCGAAAACACAACGAGAUUAUGGUAUAAAUAUGUUAGAUGACAUUAUGUCCACUUUUUAUCACAUACACUAUGAUUUGGGAGAUCCACGUCUUAAGAACGAUAUGCUUAUAGAACACGUCAAACUUAUUACAAGAAAUACUUGGGAAACAUAUUUUUAUAAAGACAAAAAAAUGCCUGCCAUACCUGAUAAAGAAUCUUAUCGACCAAGACCAACUCCACAACAAUUAUGUCCAGAACAACCUAGUCUAGUACAACAAUCUGACUCAAGACGACCUAGUUCAGCACAAAACUCAUGUCCAAGACAAGUUACUCCUAAGCCACCAAACCAAAGGCCACCGAAUGUUAGACAACCACAAGCACCAAAGCUUAAUGUUAGUAGAAGACCACCUACGACAUGUAACCAAAGAACGGAUGAUAGUUCUCAACAAGGUUGUAAUCCUCCUGCAGAAAAUAAAAGAACUUUUCUACGCAGAAGUCGGCCAAGCGGUGCACCAAAAGGAUGGGCUCCAAAAUUAAAACAAGCAGAUCGCCCGGACACUUUACCGGCUUUCAAAGCGAAACCGUUGCCAAAAUUUGUUCGUGAUAGAUUAAAUAAUCAAGAUGCAGCAUGUUAAAAAUGUUGAAAAUGUUGAAUAGAAAAAUUCAAAUAAAUUUAAUAGUUUUUUUUUUUUGUUAAA